AAUUAAAUCAAUUUUGCAUAAUUUCGCGUAAAACAAAGUGAAUUUGUGUGAUAAAUUUGACUCUGUGCAAUUUUGCGAAGAUAUGCUGACAUCCAUGCAGAUACUGAGGGACGCGGCGCGGCCACCAUCAUUCUGCCGGCGGAGCAGAUCGGGCCCGUGGCGCCAUGGCACAGUCACAGUCUCAUGGACCGCGUGGACGACAUCGCUCACAAAGGACACAGUGGCGUCAACCAAUUGGGGGGCGUGUUCGUGGGGGGCCGUCCCCUCCCCGACUCGACCAGGCAAAAGAUAGUAGAACUAGCGCAUUCCGGAGCACGGCCCUGCGACAUCUCACGAAUACUCCAGGUUUCCAACGGCUGCGUCAGCAAAAUACUCGGCAGGUAUUACGAAACGGGAUCGAUAAGACCUCGCGCGAUAGGCGGUUCAAAGCCGCGAGUUGCAACGUCGGAGGUCGUGUCGAAGAUAUCACAGUACAAACGUGAAUGUCCUAGCAUUUUUGCUUGGGAGAUACGCGAUCGGUUGCUGCAAGAUUCAGUCUGCACGAAUGAUAAUAUACCCAGCGUAUCGUCAAUCAAUCGUGUUCUUCGCAACCUUGCUGCUCAAAAAGAGCAGCAGCAACAACAAUCGCAAUCACCAGGAUCGCCUUCUUCCACGAUGAGUGCAGUAUAUGAUAAACUGCGUGUUCUAAAUCGGCCUGGGCCACCACCUCCUGGCGACGUCACGGCCGCAGCAGCAGGUUGCUGGCAGCGAACAGCAGCAGCACCUUGGUAUCACCAGACUACUGGCGCUAUACCCGGAGCAGGAACAGGAACGGGAGCAAUGCCCGGACUUCAUGGACAACCUCAGCAACCUCACAGUCCAGCGUGCACAGUACUCCCGGACGAAUUACAUCCGAAAAAAGUGACUGAUUUGGAUAGUGGACAGUAUUCCGAUGAAACAGGCUCAGGCGAUAAUUCUAACGCUGGAUCUGUUAUAGGACAAGACGAUGACCAGGCACGAUUACGAUUAAAACGAAAAUUACAAAGAAACCGUACUUCAUUCACAAACGAACAGAUCGAUAGCUUAGAAAAGGAGUUUGAAAGAACACACUACCCGGACGUCUUCGCAAGAGAACGAUUGGCGGCGAAAAUCAUUUUACCGGAAGCGCGAAUUCAGGUGUGGUUUUCCAAUCGUCGAGCGAAAUGGCGUCGCGAAGAGAAACUUCGUAACCAGCGUAGACCUGGAACAGCGGGUGAAGGUGAUUUAAGCGCAGUCGGCAACGGCAGUAGCAGCGCAAAUCAACCUGCUAUUACAACGCCAUUGCCUGUUGGUUCUCCGCCACGUCUCAAUUUGCAUAAUGUUGGAUUUUCUAACAAUAUGUAUCCUACGAUUCCGCUUACUGAUACCUACAGUACAAUGUCAUCAAUGUCUGGCUUUGCGCAUCCGGGAAACGCUAUGAGUAACGCAGCGGCAGCCGGGUUGAAUGUGCCGGUAACCGGCAGCACUUCUAUGAGUGGUGCUUCUUGUGGCUUGCAGCAGCGGCCUGAUUCUGCACCCACUUAUCACCACACUUUACCACGUCCCACGACGGGAUACGAAACUCACCAUCAUCACCACCAUCAUCUGGGUUAUGCCAACAGAGCGCCACAUGCGACUGUGUCCUCCGGGCAAGGUUAUCAGAUGAACCAGUACGCUCAGAAUGGAGCGCCUCCCUCCACCGGUCUGAUAUCGCCUGGUGUGUCCGUGCCGAUAGCCGUCCCAAGGCAACACCCAGAAUUGAGCGUGCAGUAUUGGCCACGUCUACAGUGAUGUAAAACACCACAACUAUCAAAAUGGAAUUGAUCAGUUACACGUAAUAUAAAUACUUACGUAUUUAGAUACGUAAUUAAUUACUUGAAAACCUUAUGCUUCAGAAUUUUUCUUUAUAAAACUU